AUGGCUGGGUAUGAGAAUAUGGGGAUUGUGAUUGAGAUCGGAGCUGGUGUUUCCUUCCCUCCUCAAGAAGGGAGAUUGGGUGAUAAUGUCAUUCAACAUUUACCGAUGGCCGCUGGAGGAGCUGCGAGGAAGGCCGAACAGAAUUCUGUACUGAUCGGGUUCACCGGUGGCGAUUAUGGAUACGUUGGUAUGUACGCAGGAGGCCAGGCCCAGUACAUCCGUGUCUCCUACGCGGACUUCAACUGCCUGACCUUCCCCUCGGGUGAAGAGCACGUGGCCGAAUUUAUCAUCCUCGCAGAGAUCUUCUCGACCGGCUGGCACGGCGUCGUGAUCUCGGGCUUUCAAGCCGGUGAGUCUAUUUCUGUCUUUGGUGCCGAGCCUGUAGGCCUCAUGGCAGCCUACAGUGCAAUCCUACGCGGCGCUGCCAGAGUCUCCGUCGUAGAUUCUGUGAAGGAACGUCUGGCUGCUGCCGAGGAAAUCGGAUACUACGGCGACGGCAUCAAAAUUACUCGCCCGACAGGCGGCAUUGGCGUCCCCGGACUGUUUGUCGCACAAGGCAUGCCUGUGAUCAGCCUCGGCAAGCUGUUCGAGAAGGUGAUAUCUACGGAUUGA